AUGAGUGAGAGGCGAAGAUCGGCGGUGGCCCUCAGCUCCCGAGCUCACGCUUUCUCGGUAGAAGCCUUGAUCGGGACAAAUAAAAAGAGGAAACUGCGAGACUGGGAGGACAAGGGGCUGGAUUUGUCCAUGGAAAGCCUCAGCCCCAAUGGCCAGCUGGGGGACAAUGAAGACCCGACUCAGUGCCUGGACCUCAACCCUGACUCAGAACAGAGCACUGGGUCAGACACAGAGGUGCUGGCAGAAAGGACGUCCUGCUCAUUUGGCUCCCACUCUGACCUUACAUCUGGUGGCUCAGGCCCUCAGCCUCCUCCACCUUCAUCCAUGGAAGAGAUCCAGGUAGAGUUGCAGUGUGCAGACCUCUGGAAAAGAUUUCAUGACAUUGGGACAGAGAUGAUCAUCACGAAAGCAGGCAGGAGAAUGUUUCCAGCCAUGAGGGUGAAAAUUACAGGCUUGGAUCCCCACCAGCAGUAUUAUAUUGCCAUGGACAUUGUCCCUGUGGAUAACAAGAGAUACAGGUAUGUGUACCACAGCUCCAAGUGGAUGGUGGCUGGCAAUGCUGACUCCCCAGUGCCCCCCAGGGUUUACAUCCACCCUGACUCCCUGGCUUCUGGAGACACCUGGAUGAGGCAGGUGGUCAGUUUUGACAAGCUCAAGCUGACCAACAACGAGCUUGAUGAUCAAGGCCAUAUAAUCUUACAUUCAAUGCAUAAGUAUCAGCCUCGUGUUCAUGUCAUCCGCAAGGAUUUCAGCAGUGAUCUCUCUCCUACAAAGCCAGUUCCUUCAGGAGAUGGGGUGAAAACCUUCAACUUCCCUGAGACUGUUUUCACCACAGUGACAGCCUACCAAAACCAACAGAUCACCAGAUUAAAAAUUGAUAGAAACCCCUUUGCCAAAGGUUUCAGAGAUUCUGGGAGAAACAGGACGGGGCUGGAGGCCAUCAUGGAGACCUACGCCUUUUGGAGGCCCCCCGUGCGCACUCUCACCUUUGAAGAUUUCACUACCAUGCAGAAGCAGCAAGGAGGCAGCACAGGAACGUCCCCGACCACCUCCAGCACGGGGACCCCAUCACCAUCUGCUUCUUCUCACCUUCUCUCCCCAUCCUGCUCUCCUCCAGCCUUCCAUCUGGCCCCCAACACUUUCAAUGUUGGCUGCCGGGAGAGUCAGCUUUGCAACCUCAACCUGUCUGAUUAUCCUCCCUGCGCCAGAAGCAACAUGGCAGCGCUGCAGAGCUACCCAGGGCUGAGCGACGGGGGCUACAACCGGCUGCAGAGCAGCAGCGCUUCUGCCUCGCAGCCCUCCGAAACCUUCAUGCCUCAGAGGACUCCCUCCUUGAUCUCAGGAAUGCCGGCUCCUUCCUCCCUGCCCAGCAACAGCAAGAUGGAGGCGUACAGCGGCCAGCUGGGAUCUUUCCCCAGCUCCCAGUUUCAGUAUGUCAUGCAAGCAGGCAACCCUGCCUCCACCUCCUCCUCCUCACACAUGUUUGGUGGCGGCCACAUGCAGCAGAGCUCCUACAAUGCCUUCUCCCUGCACAAUCCCUACAACCUCUAUGGAUACAAUUUCCCUGCUUCCCCCAGGCUGGCGGCAAGCCCAGAGAAACUCACCACCUCCCAAAGCACUUUACUCUGCUCUUCCCCCUCCAGUGGGGCCUUUGGAGAGAGGCAAUACCUUUCCACGGGGAUGGAUCAUGGGAUGCACAUGAUCAGCCCUCCCUCCAGCAACCAGCAGACAGGGGCGGCCUGUGACAACAGGCAGUACGGAGCGGUGCAGGGCUCCUCCUCACAGAUGUCUGUGCACAUGGUCUAA